AAAUAAUGAAUAAUGAGCAGCUGAUUUUGGAACCACAACCAGCUUCUGAUAUUUGAUUCGCAGGCACGCAGAGCCGCGGUUCGGGUUUGGGGCCUUGGCGUAGUGUUGGAGUGGUCGGAGUGGCUUCUGAGGUGAAAAACAUUAUUGGCUAAUGGAUACCGGUGGCAAUUCUCUUCCAUCUGGAGCUGAUGGGGUGAAGAGAAAAGUGUCAUAUUUCUAUGAUCCAGAGGUCGGAAAUUACUACUAUGGGCAGGGUCACCCUAUGAAGCCACAUAGGAUUAGAAUGACACAUGCUCUCCUAGCCCACUAUGGAUUGCUUCAACAUAUGCAGGUUCUGAAGCCGUUUCCUGCCAGAGAUAGGGAUCUUUGCCGGUUUCAUGCAGAUGAUUACGUAUCUUUUCUAAGGGGUAUCACCCCUGAAACGCAGCAGGAUCAGCUGAGGCAACUAAAGCGUUUUAAUGUAGGUGAAGAUUGCCCCGUAUUUGAUGGUCUCUACUCUUUCUGUCAAACUUAUGCUGGUGGGUCAGUUGGUGGUGCGGUUAAGCUAAAUCAUGGUCUCUGUGAUAUUGCUGUUAACUGGGCUGGUGGACUGCACCAUGCUAAGAAGUGUGAGGCUUCUGGAUUUUGUUACGUGAAUGAUAUUGUCCUGGCAAUCUUGGAGCUUCUUAAACAACAUGAGCGUGUUUUGUACGUGGAUAUCGAUAUCCAUCAUGGAGAUGGUGUGGAGGAGGCUUUCUACACAACUGACAGGGUGAUGACUGUUUCAUUUCAUAAAUUUGGUGAUUAUUUUCCUGGUACAGGGGAUAUUCGUGAUAUUGGAUUUGGGAAAGGAAAAUAUUACUCCCUUAACGUUCCAUUAGAUGAUGGGAUUGACGACGAGAGCUACCAUUUCUUGUUCAAACCAAUAAUUGGGAAAGUGAUGGAGGUUUUUAGGCCUGGUGCUGUGGUUCUUCAGUGUGGUGCUGACUCCUUAUCUGGGGACAGGUUAGGAUGCUUCAAUCUUUCAAUCAAAGGCCAUGCAGAGUGCGUUCGGUAUAUGAGAUCAUUCAAUGUGCCACUAUUGCUGCUGGGUGGUGGUGGUUAUACCAUCAGAAAUGUUGCUCGUUGCUGGUGCUAUGAGACGGGUGUUGCCCUUGGGAUUGAAGUUGAUGACAAGAUGCCACAACAUGAGUACUAUGAGUACUUUGGUCCAGACUAUACUCUUCAUGUUGCCCCUAGUAACAUGGAAAAUAAAAAUUCACACCAAAUACUGGAUGAAAUAAGGGCUAAGCUUCUUGAUAAUCUGUCAAAACUUCGACAUGCACCCAGCGUCCAGUUUCAAGAGAGACCCCCAGAUACCGAGCUCCCAGAGGCAGAUGAAGACCACGAUGAUGGAGAUGAGAGAUGGGAUCCAGAGUCCGACAUGGAAGUUGAUGAAGAGCAUAAGCCUCUACCAAGCAGAGUAAAGAGAGAAAUUGUGGAACCUGAGGCUAAAGAUUCGGACGACAAGAAAGGAGUUGCAGAGCACUCUAGAGGCUUUGAUACAGCUGCAGAGGAGACUGCUUGCUCAAAGGCUUCAGAUGUGUGUCCUAUGCCAAUAGAUGAACCAAAUGUGAAAGUUGAACAAGAGAACUUGAACAAGCCAUUUGAUCAGCCUGUCCAGAUGUACCCAAAGCCAUGAACAACUCUACUGCAUGAAUGGAAAGUUUCUCAAGGUCAAACAACUCAAUGUCGGUGGCGAGAAAUUGAAUCAAAUGACAAAUGAGAUGGGUCCCAGCCAAGCGAUGCUGGGCAUCUUAAUCAUUGUAGCUGUGUCCCUUUCUCUCUCCCCUUCACUACCCAGAAGAAAUCAAAGAUUUUUGCUCCACCCCAUUGGAAAAGCUUUCCACUAUGGUACGGUGGGCAGUCAGCAUCAGUGUUAAGUGAGAGAUCAAUCAUUCUCUCCCAAAGAUAAAGAAAUAAUUAAUACAUGAAUAACCGCAGAUUGAUGGUAUGAUUCUUAGCUACGUGACUGGAUGUUGUAUAUAUUUUUAAGUAACACUCUGAAAUAAAUAUUUUUUUAUAGA